AUGUCAAGCUCGAUGGAAGCGAGGCCCCUCGCGUCGGCGAUGGAAAGCCCAACAUUCGACGAGGACAGUUCCUUUCAUGUAGAGCAGCCGGUAGGAUCUAUGUCAAUAUCCCCCUGCGGACGUGAUGUCGUUCUCGCAUCCAAGGAGGGUCUACAUGUCAUUGAUCUGGAUUCCCCGUACUCGCCGCCCCGGUAUCUCGCCCACCACACACCAUGGGAGGUUGCCGAUGUACAGUGGUCGCCAUUUGCCGCGCGCGACCAAUGGGUUGUUAGUACCUCCAACCAGAAGGCGUUAGUGUGGAACUUGGCAAUGAAAACAUGGCAGAACUCCAUUGAGAUCGUGCUGCAUGCCCAUUCUCGCGCGAUCACCGAUAUCAAUUUCUCGGCUUUCCACCCCGAUUUACUGGCUACUUGCUCAGUAGACAGCUUUGUACAUUGCUGGGACUUGCGUGCUCCGGCGCGGCCGGCCGUGUCAUUCUCGGAUUGGUUUACUGGUGCCACUCAAGUCAAAUGGAAUCGACAAGAUCCUCACGUCAUUGCAAGUUCCCACGAUCGUUUUCUUCGGAUCUGGGAUGACCGCAUGGGUGCAUACCCAAUCAAGUCUAUUGAGGCUCAUAAUACCAAGAUCUAUGGCGUUGACUGGAAUCGUGUCCGACGCGGUGCUCUGGUGACUUGCUCCCUAGAUAGGACUGUCAAGUUCUGGGACUACACCACUGACACGGCCGAGGUCCCGGAAAAACAAGUUCAUACUCCAUUCCCCGUCUGGAGGGCCCGCAAUACACCCUUUGGGUGGGGUGUGCUUGCAAUGCCACAGAGAGGCAACAAUGAUCUCCACCUAUACAGCCGACGAGCUGAAGAGGGCUCUUCUCCCGAAGACGACUUGCCUCUGGUACAUAGCUUCCCCGGCCACAAAGGGCAAGUCAAGGAGUUCCUUUGGAGGCCGCGCGGGGGCGUCGCAGACGGCAUCGACCACCGCGAGUAUCAAUUAGUGACAUGGGGAACAGAUAGGGAGCUCCGACUGCAUAGAGUCAACCCAGAGAUUCUCAAGCGUGUUGGCUAUGAGAAAGGCAAAUCUUUCAUUUCCACGCGGACCGUCACGCGACUCGGUGCCACAUACCGGAGUUUCCGCGACGUCAAUUCCGACCUGGAAAUUGAUGACUUGGACACUGCUUCCUCGGUCGGAGGUCAAAACCAGAACAACCCAAAUGGCACGGGGAUGAAUGCCAUCACUGUCCCGCACGCUCGUGGCUGGAUCAAGGGAGGCCAUGUUGAUAGGGUUGGCAUGCAGCCACGAUCAAAUUUGAGAGCUGAUACCAAUCCAAUUGCUUGGAUGCGUGGUGUGAAAAUCUCUGGCUGGGACAUUGAAACCCUGGGAGAUGAGAUCAGUCAUGUCGGCGAGAAAUUCACCAAGGUUUCCUUUGACUCGGUUGAUGUUCGCCAAAGAAAGAUUUCCAUUUCUUUGAAUGGACCCUGGGGUGCCGAUGGGGCUUCGUUGUUCUUGAAAGUGGACAUCAAAUUCCCAAUGAGCUACCCCAAAACUGCUAUUCCAACAUUUGCGUUCCAGAAAACAGCAGCUGUGACUGAUGAAUGGGCCGCAAAGACCACCGCCGAGUUGAGGACAAUUGCUGAAACCUACAUGUCCCGAGACCGUGGAUGCCUCGAAGGCGCCGUUCGCUAUCUGCUGGGUGAAAGCAGCUUGGAAGAAAGUAUCGCCUGGAUUCUUGGUGAGACUGGCGACAACUUUAAGUCCCCAAUCAACGGUGAACUAGAAGGCGAAUCGAGUGAUGAAGACGAAGUCGGGAUGACCCAGAGUCAAGAGUUGGGAAUGAGCUCCGAGCUACUCCGACCCGUCAAUGCCAACGUGAUGGUGCCCGUGGCCAAGGCCUGUGGAGCCCUUUGGGCGAAUGAUGGCCGCCUAGUAUGCUUCUUCCCGCCCAAGCCAAAGAGAGACAAAUCAGCAGAGCUGUUCGAAAACAUGGGCUUCAAAGAGAUGACCCGAUGGUCCCGAGGAGACAAAGUAUUCGAAGGCUUUGGCCGUCUUCAUACCAACUCUCCUGGCCCACGUGGAAGAGGAACAAUUACCAGCACAGAAGAUGGGGCCUCAUCUGAUUCAGACGAAUCGUACUCAGACACAUCAAGCUCCUCAGGCUCGUCUGAUAUUCUUUCCGGGCUACCAACCCGCUUCCCUGCGCCCCAAACAUGGCGCAGUGCUGGAAGCUACGGAAUGCAUCGUCCGCGGUCCACGGACAACUCCCAGCGGUCCAUUGGAGGCACUGGAACUCUGAAAUCCGAGGGGCCUCAAAACAUUGUCUCAAUCCAUAAUCUGAGUGAUAUGUUACCCGUCAAGCGGGAGUUGGCUUGCCAAUAUCGCAUCUGCGGCAAAGGGGCAGAUGUCUGUGCCCACAAUGCCGCUGUGGCCCUCGAUGCUGGAUGCUAUGAACUGGCCCAGAUCUGGGGUCUUAUUAAGCUGAUAUUACAUAUUCGAAAGAACCCCUUCCCCUUACCUGAGUCAAGCUUGCUGCAAAGACGCCUACGCAUGGCGGGUGGUGAGCUCGCUGGUCUUGGAGGAGACGGGAUGCACAGAGACUUAUCUGGAAGUAUCAUUCGUUGGGGAGAUCACCCUCUUGGCAGCCAUUGGCUUGUCCCUGCCCUAUUUGAGCACUUCGAGCGUAUCGGAGAUGUUCAGAUGGUGGCAAUGAUUUCUUGUGUGCUACUAGCAGCCAGCCAAGAGGGAGCUUUGGAGAACAAGGCCAAGAAGCAAUCAGCACAACCGGCCUUUUCAUUAGAUUUCUCCUCGGUGGCACCUGUGGCUCAAAACAAGCUGCCGGCGGUGACUCCUGCUUCAUCCGUUCCGAAAGAGGUUCAAUUUACACCUACAGCUCAAACUUCAGCAAGGUCGUCCAGUGAAGUCUGGCGUCUCGAGUCAACACCACCGCAUUCCACAGGCACUACGCCUCCGGUUAUGUCUCGCCCACGAGGCAUCACCGCUGAUCGGAAGACUUUGAGUCACAAUGUUUCGAUAGCUGCGUCGCCCGAUCAACAGUCCCAACCACGGAGUGGGUCUGGAUUUGGGUCUGUAUUGGCGUCGUCCUUGUCUCGUUCGUUCACGUUUGGACCAUCGUCGGCCUCGCCGCCAAUGAGUAGACUGGACAAAAAGAAGCAGACUCCUCAGGAGAGCCCGAGCGUGAUGACUGGGCAAACAUCACAAGCUCAAUCCGACACUGAAAGUGACCAUGCACCGGAGCCUGCACCACCACCUGCAAGAUUCAAGGUUACAUUUAAGAACCAGGAUGCCUUUGAAAGUGACGGACCGACCCGAUAUUCCCUUCUCGACCACAACAAGGAACUACUCUAUCGGUCAUAUCGUGCUGCAUAUGCUAAUUUACUGGCAUUGUGGGAUCUCCCCGUCCAACAAAGCGAAGUCCUCAAAUUCGGUGCCGUUUCUGACCGAGUGGACGAUAUGGCCGCAAGUCAUUACUGGAAUAGCUCCGACCCCAGCACCACCGAAACAUCUCUCAAAGAGCCGCAACCAGUGAUGAACAUUCAAACCCUGGAUUUCCAACGCCAUUGCGCCAGCUGCGGACACGCACUCCAACGUUCUAUCUUCAACAAACACCCAAUCGCCCCCGAUACCCCCUCCAAGCGUAACCAGCGCAAAGCAGCAGUCCGCCGAUGCCCCAACUGCAGACCUCGCCAAGCCCUGCCCACUAAACUACCCUGCGUCAUCUGCGGCGAAGUAGUAGACGGCAUGCUAAUCCCAUGCCUGAGCUGCGGACACGUCAGCUGUUUCGACUGUCAUCGACUCUGGUUCCUGCGACCAGAGGACACCUUCGACUCAGACCAUUCAGAACAGACCAAAUCUCUUCCAGCCUGUCCAACCGGAUGUGGCUGCCAGUGCUCCGAGCACAUUGCCGUCGAUGUCCCCAUGCCCUUGGAGACAGCUCCAAUCACCCCGGAAUACUCGCCUGCCCCCCAUCCAGCCGUCACGCAGGCCAAGAAUUCUCGUCGUCGACAGUCCGAGCCUGUUGUGUCGGACCCAAGUCGCAAGCCUCUGCCGCCUAGAGAGGUCUCCCGGCUUGAAGAUGAUAUGAAUGUUUGGGAGGAAUCGUCGCCGUUUGCUUCGCUGGCGCGCGGUCUCGGCGGUGGGCUUAGCCGUGGGCUGCGAACGAAAGACGAUCGCAGAAAGAAUAAGUCUGUUGCCGUGACUCCUAAUGUGAAGACUCCUUGA